GGGGAGGGAAAGAUUCCAGAACUCCCAGGAAUGCGUCCCCCCACUGGAACCCUAACGUCUAUCCUAGGCCAGCUCCAAGAGGAUCCAGGGGUCAGAGGGAAGGGGAGAUGAACACAUGGAAAUCAUCAGGAUGAGGCAAGCUUUCCAAUUCCCUUCUUCCCUCUAAUCCCUGACUGCGCGUCUCCUACAUCCUGACGUCAGAGGUGGAUAAAGUUCAGACAGUUUGGUGGUGCAGCUAACACUAUGGGAAAGGUUGCGGUUAUCGUCGACAAUGGUAGUUGCUUCACUCGGGCCGGCUUUGCUGGAGAUGACAAGCCAAGGUCUGUGUUGAAGACCACGUCCAUGCCUCCCAUCUGCCCAGCUGUGACGCAGGAGACCCCAUGCCAUCUCAUCGCCACUGGCUGUGGGACAGGCGGUGCCAGGGCAUCCAAAACCCACCCGCUCAGGCAUGGCAUCAUCACUGACUGGGAAGCCAUGCAAAAUCUGUGGAGCCACCUUUUCUUUUGUGAGCUGAGACUGUCCCCUGAGGCGUGCCCGCUGCUCAUGACAGACUCACCCUCCUGCCCCACAACCAAUAGGGAGAAGGUGGCCGAGGUGUUCUUCGAGGACUUCGGUGUUCCAGCCUUGCAUGUGGCUAACACGGGGCUCCUCUCCCUCUGCUCCUGUGGCAGGGUCACUGGCCUGGCUGUGGAGACCGGGGCUGGGGUGUCCCAUGUCACUUCCAUCUGCGCUGGGCAGAUCUGGAGGGAGGCCACCUAUCGCCUGGACGUGGCUGGGUUUUUCCUUUCCAAGCACAUGCAUACCCUGCUGCUGAAGAGCUCCAACGACCCACAGCUGCUCUGUACCUUGCAGAAGACGACAGUGACCCAGAUGAAGAAGCAGUGCUGCUACGUGUCCAUGGACUAUGAAGGAGACCUCCAAGACAAAGCUCACCAGUUCCCAAUGGGUUUUAAGACCCCUGAUGGGCACUGGAUAACUCUGGAUAAGGAGCGGUUCUGCUGCCCAGAGCCACUCUUCCAACCAAAACUGCUAGACCAAAACUCUCCAGGCAUCCACCUUUUAGCUUUCCAAAGCCUCCAGAAGGUGCCAGAUGAGUGCAAGGGAGACAUUAUUGGUAACACUGUGUUAUCAGGGGGCUCAUCAAUGUUUCCUGGCUUCCCUGAGAGGAUGUGCUCAGAGCUGGAUGCUUUGUUAUAUGGCAAAGGCUACCGGAUUAAAAUUCUGGCUGCCCCAAAGAGGAGUAUGGCAGUCUGGGCUGGAGGGUCCAUGGCAGCCUCGCUUAAAUCCUUCCGGCAUAUGUGGAUGAGAAAGGGCGAGUACCAGGAGUGCGGGGCAGCAUAUGUCCACAAAAAGUUCAAUUAGUUUCUAAUAAAUAACCACUGUUU